AUGGUGGAGGGGAGGGAUGGAGGAGAUGAGGGAGGAGAUGAGGGAGGAGAUGGUGGAGGGGAGGAUGGAGGAGAUGAGGGAGGAGAUGGUGGAGGGGAGGAUGGAGGAGAUGAGGGAGGAGAUGGUGGAGGGGAGGAUGGAGGAGAUGGUGGAGGGGAGGAUGGAGGAGAUGGUGGAGGGGAGGAUGGAGGAGAUGGUGGAGGGGAGGAUGGAGGAGAUGAGGGAGGAGAUGGUGGAGGGGAGGAUGGAGGAGAUGAGGGAGGAGAUGGUGGAGGGGAGGAUGGAGGAGAUGGUGGAGGGGAGGAUGGAGGAGAUGGUGGAGGGGAGGAUGGAGGAGAUGAGGGAGGAGAUGGUGGAGGGGAGGAUGGAGGAGAUGAGGGAGGAGAUGGUGGAGGGGAGGAUGGAGGAGAUGGUGGAGGGGAGGAUGGAGGAGAUGGUGGAGGGGAGGAUGGAGGAGAUGGUGGAGGGGAGGAUGGAGGAGAUGGUGGAGGGGAGGAUGGAGGGAGAUGGUGGGGUGGAGGGGAGGAUGGAGGAGAUGGUGGAGGGGAGGGAUGGAGGAGA